AUGGCGCCAUCUUGUUCCAGAAGUAACAACAAAGAUAAAAAAGACUAAAAAUGUACGAGUGUUUUAUUUAUAUGAUAUAAUUACAACAUUGCUAUGGUCUUUAACUAAAAUCUAACAUGGAGGAUGAUUGGGAAGCUCUUACCUAUGACGAUGAUUAUGAAAGUCGCUAUGCUGACGACCUGGAAGUCUUGCGUGAGAUGGAAGAUGAUGAAAGAUUUGAACGUGAUCCUCAAAAGAAGGAUGGACCUCGAAAGAGCCUGGUCUUUCCCACACCAGACAAGGUUGAAAACGUUCAUAAGCAACCCCCUGAACAGCCAGGGUAUAAAAAAGUGGUUGCACAAGGUUUUAAACGUCAGAUUGAUGAAAUGUAUGCACUUCUGUCAGACGGUGAAGAAAGUGAAGACAAUUUACUAGAUGAUCUUCACACUACGAAUGCUGCUCAACCAAGCCAGGCUAAAAGAGCGAGAAUCAGCAAUAGUCCAGAAACAAAUAUAAAUCAUUCAAUGAACUCAAGAAGUACCAGGCAACCGGUUGUUGGUUCAUCUCAAAAUAUUACAAGGACUUGUAAGGUGCUAACUAGACCUCCUAUUGGCAAAGAGUGUAUAUCACUGUCUGGUUGCGAUGGUGGAAGAAGGGUAUAUCUUCAUAUAACAAAGGAUGAAUCACUGGAAGCCAAUAAGAUUGGUAAAAAGAAAUCCUUCGGUACCAAAAGGCCAGCUCAUCUUCUCGGAGUACCUUUUUCUGUGAUAAAAGAAACCAUAUACGAACAAAGACGGAUGAAGCUUCUUGAAGAAUCUAAACGGCUUACAGAUUCACUGAACAGUGCUUUAGCAGACGAUUUGGUGGAAGAUAAUAUCGAUGACAUGACAGAAACCGAGGCCGCUCAAGAAGCAAGUGUAAAAGAGAAAUCACUCUGGGUUGAUAAGUAUUCUCCAAGAUCUUACAUGGAACUGUUGAGCGAUGAUGGUAUAAACAGAAAUUUGCUGUCGUGGUUGAAGUUGUGGGAUGGUGUUGUAUUUGGCAAGGAGAAGGCGAAAAAGAAGAAAAAUACGGAUGAAAAGCUGGCAAAUCAAAAAGAGAAGAAAUUUAGUUUUAAAGAAGAGAACACAGAUUGGAUGGAACUAGAUGCAACAGGAAGACCUCCAAACAAGGUAGCCUUGUUGUGUGGUCCACCUGGUCUUGGUAAAACUACCCUGGCCCAUAUUGUUGCCCAACAUGCUGGUUAUAGUGUUGUUGAGAUGAAUGCAAGCGAUGAUCGCUCAGUGGAGGUUUUCAGAAACAAAAUUGAAUCAACAACUCAGAUGCAGUCUGUACUGGACUCUGGGAAGAAACCAAACUGUUUAAUAAUUGAUGAAAUUGACGGAGCACCAACACCAGCAAUAAAUGUUCUUCUCUCUGUGAUAAAGACUAAGAAAGACUCUGAACCUGCUGGUCCACAAAAGAAGAAAAAAAGCAAGAAACAGGGAAUUCUCUCUCGACCGAUCAUAUGUAUCUGUAAUGAUCCAUAUGUUCCUGCCCUGAGGCUGCUACGUCAACAAGCAUUUGUGCUUACUUUUCCUCACACCAUCCCGGGAAGACUAGCUCAAAGACUUAUGGAGGUUUCAAGGAAAGAGUUGUUCAAAACAGACAUGACCACUCUUCUGGCAUUAUGUGAGAAAACAGAGAAUGAUAUUAGGUCUUGCCUCAAUACUCUACAGUUUCUUAGACAGAAGCGACAGAACCUGACCAUCGACUAUAUCCAAUCUGCGAACAUUGGUCAAAAAGACACACAGAAAAGUCUGUUUUCUCUUUGGCAAGCUAUAUUUCAGUUGCCUCGACCGAAGAAGAAACGCUUUUCUUCACUGGCGAGACCGCUUGAAGAACCAGCUCCCGUCUUACCUGAGUUCAAGCUCGAUGAUCCGUCAAAUCCAGAACUAACCAGUUCUGCAGCAAGAUUUUAUAACAUGCUUCACAUGGCUUCUUCAAAUGGCCAAUACAACAAGUUGGAGAAUGGAAUCUUUGAAAACUAUUUGAACAUGAAGUUCAAAGAUGCCUACUUAAAUCAGGUUGUUUCAGGAACAGAGUGGCUUCAGUUUACGGACCUGGUAUCACAAAGUCUUUUACAACAACAGAAUUUCAUCCUCAUGAGAUAUCAGCCAUUUCUCUCAGUUGCAUUCCACAUGCUUUUUGCUGCGCCCUCCCAACGUAAGCUGAGUUACCCAAGUGUUGGCUACGAGAACACUCUGAAGGAAACUAAGAAUCGUAACGUCGUUUCAUCAAUGUUAAGUGAGGUCUCUCCACAGCUACGAGGGAACUUGGAUCUUCGAACAAUCACGGCAGAACUUCUACCUCUUCUGCUUCACAUCAUCACCCCGACCCUCCGACCAGUCAACAUGCAGCUCUUUAGUCCUAGCGAGAAGCAACAAUUGACAGACCUUAUCAAAACUAUGAUAUCCUACAAUCUCACAUAUCACCAGGAGAGAAAUAUUGAGGGGCAAUACAGCUAUGCUUUAGAUCCUAAAAUUGAAGAUGUGGUAAAGUUUCCUGGAUUACCUCAACACAAGCAGUUGACAUAUGCUACAAAACAAGUACUUGCAAGAGAGAUCAAUUUGGAAAAAAUGCGAAUGAUUGAGAGAGCAGUAUUGAGAAAUUCCUCAAGCAAAAACGAAGAAUCUAGUAAAACUGAAGAGGAGGAAACGAAGGCCGUACAAACAGCUGGUUCAUCAAGUCCUGUUGUUUUGCACCUCAAACCAAAACAAGUGAAAACUGCAUCAGAAAAACUACCGCAAGCGAAGGACUUUUUCGGACGCCCUAUUGUUACCCAAGAAAAUGUCAACAUUUCCAAGAAUACAAAUCACCAACAUUCCCCAUUCUGGUUUAAGUUUCAAGAAGGAUUCUCUAAUGCUGUCCGGAGGACAAUCAAAAUACAAGAUCUUCUAAUCCUGCAUAUUGUAUGAAGUCCAAGAGCUGUGUAUGAUAAAUCAAGAUAUUGCAGAUUUGAAAAGUUCCAGAGAGAUCUGUCUUGUUUGAUGUCUAACAAACGAUUCAUCUGUAAGUCUAACCCAAGUACAGAUUCAGCCUAAAUGUGAACAUUUUGAAGUUAGCUUAUUAUUUAGCAUAAUACCGUAACAACUGAUGAGUGAAAUCAUCUGGCAUUUGAACACUAGAAGGUGUGUUUAAAAUUGACUGACAGUUCUCUUGCACCUGCAGAGAAGUAGAUUUGACAAACAAACUCUACUGCCUGGAUCCACGGACCUUUUUGAGAGCGGACUAGCUUUCAACUAACCUGAACCGUAUGUAGUUUCGUCAAUAUACGUCUGAUGCCGUUUUGACCAAGGCCAAUGCCAUAAAAAUAAGAUACAAUGAAAUUAUGUCUACCAUAACCUUCCAAAACAUCCAAAAACUCUGAAUAGUUCCUCCUUGAGAUAUAACAAUCUGUUUUAAUGGUCAGUCUAGGUUGUGGUAAGUGCAUGGUUGUGUCUUCCUUGGAGCAAUACUUGCUAACAUCAGGAAGAGCUUGUCCUAAUACCAGCGUUAAUAUGAAAGUUGUACCAUAAAUACCUAAAUGAGACCCACAUUAUUGUCCAAAGGAAAGAUAGUACCUUACUGUGUGUGGUGGACCUUUAUACACCACUGUUUCAUAAGAUAAGCAAAUCUGCCAAAUUAUUAUUAUGGUAAAUCUUGUGGAUAAUAAUUAUUUUUUAACUUUA